AUGGCGCCCAUGCUGAGUCGUCUCAGGCCAAACGACGCAACGGAACAGGUCGCAGCAAGAUCACGAGUGCCCUCAGCAUACAAUCCUCUCUACAACUACCGCCUCGGACAAAAUGAGACCAAACAAUACAAUCAACAAUUCGCCGACAUCUACUUCUUGCGGCUGGCGAAACUGAAGAAGAUUGUAGAAAAGCAUGCUGAAGCAGAAUGGGAAGAUUAUGAGCUUGCUGGCGAGAGUGCUCGACGGGUACACAGAGUCCUGGAUGUGCGGCAGGGUCAAUUAUGCUGGAUUGUGGGCACAGUCUACAUGGAGCUGCCACUGAAGCCAAAUAUUCUCGAAGACAUAUCGAAAGAACAUUGGGUGGCAGGUCCUCCACCACGGCCAACGUAUCUCAAUAAGGAGGGCCAGGUCCAGGUCAUGCUCGAGGACGAAUCAGGACGUCUACGUUUGGCGGGACCCAUACUCACGGAAAAGCUGUUGGUCACCGGCGUUAUUGUCGCCGUGCUUGGAACGGAGACUGCUGGCGGAGACUUCGAAGUCCUGGACCUACAUAUUGCGGAACUGCCGCCACAACCGAGGCGAUGGAGGCGAGAUGACGAAGAACAAGAAGAGGAGGGCGAUAUGGCUGUGGAUCGACCGCCGCAGAAUGGUCGGAAGGUGGCCAUCGUGAGCGGACUCGAGAUUUCAGGCACAGCCGCGGACACAUUAAACAUUUCUCUGCUGCUCGAGUACCUCUUGGGUGAAGCACUGGACACAGAUGACCAAGACGACAGCACGAAUAUAUCGAGGCUCAUCGUCGCUGGCAAUUCGAUCUCUAGCGAUGUCAUCGCAGACGUGGUUGGAGACGACGACAUCAAGAAGCCUGCAUCGAAGAAGUAUGGUUACGAUGCAUCAGCUUACAACCCAACACCAACUGCUACACUUGACUCGUUGAUGUCCGAGCUACUGCCCAGCAUACCCGUCACUAUCAUGGUUGGCGAGCACGACCCUGCAAAUACCUCUAUGCCGCAGCAACCGAUCCAUCCUGCCAUGUUUCCGCAUUCACGAGCAUACUCAACGACAAACCUCAAAGAUCCUGAGACUGAAGAGCCGUCGUGGUUUGAUAGUAUCACCAAUCCUUGGGACGGCGACAUCGAAGGAUGGAGGUUCAUGGGCAAUAGUGGACAGCCUGUGGACGAUGUACUGAAGUACAUCAGUCUUGGCGGUGAAGAUGGCAAGAGCCCAGAGGGAAGGCUGGAGGUCAUGGAGGCACUUCUGAGAUGGCGAUGUGGCGCUCCGACUGCUCCAGACACAUUGUGGUGCUAUCCCUUUCAAGAGCGAGAUCCUUUCGUGAUCGAGGAGUGCCCACACUUGUUCUUCAUCGGAAACCAGCCACGAUUCGACACAUCCGUGAUUGAAGGUGCGGAUGGUCAACAAGUGCGGUUAGUCACAAUUCCAAGGUUCCACGAAACCGGCCAACUGGUGCUCAUCGACAUUGAGACGCUGGAACCGGAGCUUGUGCAAUUUGACAUACAUCACACGCACGCAACGAAUGGUGUACACUAG